AAAUGACUAGUAUUAGGUAGACAUACAGGGAGCCGACGUUAUUUUACAUGCACGACAGACGUCGUUGAAAGCUGCUUUGAAACCAUAACGCACGAACGUGCAGGAGAUAAACGCGACAGCAAUUGCUUCCACUGUUUUUGGUCAUUGCCAUGUUCCAUGACAGUUCACAAAGAAAAUAUUGGACCUUUAACAACGAAGACGAGUUGGAACAGUUGCGAUCUGAAGCCAACCAGAAGUUCAGGAAGAAGAUCAGAGAAAGCGGGAAGCACGUGAUAAGUGAAUCCGUGUUCCUGAACCGUCACGAAGAAGAUGUUCUCUUCAGAAACUACGAGAGAACACUUCUGGACUUCUGCAAUGUCUUCAAACCUGCAAUGCCCAAAUCUGUUAUUGGUACAGCCAUCAUGUACUUCAGAAGAUUCUACAUGAACAACUCUCUAAUGGAGUACCACCCAAGGAUUAUCAUGCUGACAUGUUCAUAUCUAGCCUGCAAGGUGGACGAGUUUAACGUAUCCAGCAGCCAGUUUGUGGGCAACCUUGUGCAGGAGAGUCCGGCCGAACAGGAACGCGUUUCGGAGCAGAUUCUGGAGUACGAGCUGCUGCUUGUCCAGCAACUGAACUUCCACCUGGUGGUCCACAAUCCCUACAGACCUCUGGAGGGGCUGCUCAUUGACCUCAAGACCAGAUAUCCUACCCUGGAAAACCCAGAGUCCCUGAGGAAGAGUGUGGAUGACUUUUUGGCAUAUGCGGCCAUGACAGACGCGGGGCUGCUUUUUUCCCCCUCACAGAUUGCACUCACUGCUAUCCUAAGCAGUGCAUCAAGAGCUGGCCUCAACAUAGAGAGCUAUCUGACUGAAUGCUUGGGGCUCAAGAAUGAGCAAGAAACGCUGUCCAAAAUGUAUGACUCGAUGAGACGGAUCAAAAGCCUCCUGAAACGAUACGAACUUCCCAAACCGGACGAGGUGAAUGCGUGUAAGCAGAAACUGGCAAGGAUCCACGUGGAAUUUGGUACAAGUUCAAACAACAAACGCAAGCGGGGCUACGAGGAGGAAGGCUAUGUAGCAAAAGAGCCGCGAAUAAGAGAAGAGGAGUGGACAGAUGAAGACCUCGUAUGACCAUUCGCCUUCAAACUGACCAAUCUAAAGACAUCAAAUGCAUUUACCGGUAGUGUUAUUGGUUUGCUCGCAUUGUGCGUUACAAAUAAAAUGUAUUUUUAUA